AGGGUUUUUUUAAUAAAAUUAUUAGUCAAUGAGAAUUGUUGAGAUUUCAAGUAUUUUUACUCGUGAUUUCACCUGCUAUUUUUCAACGGUGCGGUAAAAUGUCCGUAAUGAUGACGACAACAAACAAAACUGGUAAUGCUAGGUACGUAAUGACCUCGGUACUCUUACUGAAAGCUACGGCGCAUAUUUGCAAUUCUCAGAUCGUUUUCAGUCUAUCGACUAGACAUUUCCGAGUCCAUGUCAACACCUCCACAAUAAUCAACAAAUUUAUCCCAACAAUAACACAAAAAUGGAUGUGCAGAUGCAAUACAAAGAGGGACUUGGGACGAAGGGGCAGACUCAACCCACUUUGCUAUCCAGUUUGCGGAGUGUUUUAUUCGUUAUCGGAACUGUUGUCAUAGGAUUUGCUGCUUUUUGUAAUUCAUUGACGUGGCAUUUGCAGAGAUUUUGGGGCUCGUCUGCUGAUUUUUGGCAAGCACAAUGGGAUAAAAUCCUAGACACCAUUGGAGAUGACCCCAUCACCCUCUACGUCUAUGGAUCACUGGUGUUGACAUUCGUUGUCUAUUGGCUAUUCGGUGGUAUUUAUACACUUCUGGAUGUAACGAAUCGUCCGGCAGCCCUUCGUCGUUACAAAAUUCAACCCGGCACAAAUGAACCAGUGGACAACAAGGAACUGAUAAAAGUCAUUGUCCAAGUGGUAUUCAAUCAAAUCGUCGUUGGACUGCCUAUUAUUUAUCUGAGUCACUUUCUCAUGGAAUGGCGUGGAUAUCCGCCAGUCAGAGAACUUCCAACAUUUCACUGGGUGUUAGCAGAAAUCGCUGUACAUAUUUUAUUCGAAGAAAUUGGAUUCUACUAUUCCCACAGAUUACUUCACAGUCGAUACUUGUACAAGUACAUCCACAAACAGCAUCACCAGUGGACAGCCCCGAUAGCAGUGACCGCUCUGUAUUGCCAUCCCCUGGAGCACAUCGGCUCGAAUCUCAUUCCUCCGUUCCUCGGUGUUUUUAUCGUUGGAUCACACGUGGCUACUGCUUGGAUCUGGUUUUCACUGGCUAUUCUGUCGACCCUAAACGCUCACUCCGGAUAUCAUUUACCAUUUUUCCCUUCACCAGAGGCACAUGACUUCCAUCACCUCAAGUGA